AUGUCUGCCAAGGAGCCCAAUCGUCAUCAGCUCUCAUCUCGUUUACAAUACCAAUCUCAUAUUCCCGCAUUUUUGCAGAAAUUUCAGAAUAAAAUUCAGGGUAUAACGGACGAAGAUGAGGAUGAACCACAAUACUACGACGACGGUUCAGGACGUCCACCAAUACCUGUCCGUCCUGCGAUACCUGAACGACCCGAUGAUGAUCCUGGAAGUGCAGACGAAGACGGUAUUGAUGAAAGACCUCAGGUAGUUGUGCUGAAAGAAGGCAAGCAUCUCACAGAGAGGGAAGCAGAGAAUGAGAGACGGAAAGAGAAAGGACUGCCACCACUCCCUGAUCCCACCAAGAAAGUCGAGGAUGACGCCGAGGAUGACGCAAAAUCAGACAUGAACUCUUCGAAGAAGAAGCACAAAGAGGCUGGUAGUCUGUCGUUUUCCUCUUCGGGUGCGAAGGCCCAACAAUCCAACAAGCUCAAGCGAAAAGUUGUUGGAGAUUUGGAUGGUAGUGAUGAAGGCACCAAGAAAGCAUCGAAGAAAAAGUCGAAGAAACCACGGAAAGCACUACUUUCAUUCGGAGAAGAUGUGUAG